AUGGUGGUGUUCCUGAAAAUUGUCAGCUGUGUGGCUAGUUCUGUGGUAUUUGAUCAGGAGCAAGUUUGGACCUCUUCCCGUCCUCGUCGACCUUGGUGCCGCCAGUCGGUUCCUUCUCGCAGGCUGCUGCCAGUCUCGGCGGCGUCGACCUCAACGCGGCCUCCACAGAAUUCGGCAUCUUCGGGAACGCACCUGCAGCCCCUCGACGACGAUCCUGCGGCCGCGGUGCAUGACAACCUUCAUGCAAGGGCUGGGCGUCGAGGAGGACAAGUUGGGAGGCGACGUGCACAUGCCGGCCGCCACGCUGAUGGCACCGCCGUCGCCGGGAGCUCCGGUGCCGGGCGCCGCGCUCCUUGCACAGCGGCCGCCGGCACCCCCGGUCGAAGCAGCGGCUGCCUUCUUCCUUCCGCAGCCGCCGUUGGCACGUCAUCUCACGGCGGCGGUGCUGCUUUGCGGUCCAGACGCCAUGUUCGGCAUGUCCAAGAGGUUGAUGGCUGCGACGAUUCGGAUGGCGACGACGACGAUGACGAAGACGACGAAGUGGAGCACGAACAGGGGACCCGCCCGUCGUCGGCACCAAGUACUGGUGACAACGAUUUCAGCGGCCCUGAUGGAGAAGAGGAGGCAGAAGGCCGGCUGGAUGUGGAUGCAAAUGUGGCAGCAGAAGGUGACUGCAGUGAGGGUGCAGCGGAGCUGUCCUUUGCAUGCGGGGACAAUGAGUACGAUGCUGCCCUUGAGGAGGUGUUCAGUGAUUCCUCAAGUGAUAAUGAAGUACUCAAGAUACAUAAUUUUUCGGCGCCAUCGGAGGAACCGAAGAUUGCUGAAGCUUGCCUUCUUUGCUGGUGGGGAAGUAUAUCAAUCGAAAGAAUGAUAAAACACAGAAUGUUCUUGCCAUAUGUGACUUCGACUGUCGGUUCACAUUUGUUGCUGCUGGGGUUCCGGGGUCGGCACAUGAUUACAAAGUGCUGCACGAGGCGAUCAUCAAGUUUCGGGGCAACUUUCCACAUCCACCCCAAGGUAAGUUCUACCUAGUCGAUGUUGGCUAUCCCAACAGGCCGGGAUAUCUGUCACCCUACAAGGGGGAGAGAUACCAUCAAGAUGACUGGAAAGUUGGGCCUGAACCUACAGGUAAACACAAGAUCUUCAACAGAGCUCAUUCUACUCUGAGGUCCGUUAUCGAGCAUUGUUUUGGGGUGUUGAAGAUGAAGUGGCGAAUCUUGUUGGCUGUACCUUCGUAUCCAGAGGCAAAAUAGACCAGCAUAAUUUUGGCAUGUUGCGGACUUCAUAAUUUUGUCAAAGAGAAUGAUGAUGACGACGACCUACACUUCCAUAUGGUGGAGGAAGCAGCAUCAUUUGCCAUGAACCCGCAGGUUUAUGGAGAUCAAGAGCAGCCAUGUAAUGAUGAGGAUGUGGAAGAAGAUGUGAACAUGAAUGCUGUCCGUGAUGAAAUAGCAAAUGGCUGCCUGUCUAUAGGAUAGGUAGAUGUCAUAUAUGUGUGUAUUAACUGCUAGAUGGGCACAUUUGAAUCCUAGCGCAAUAAAUGUCCAUUUGAUAUGCAUUGUCAUGAUGUAACAAAUUGUAUGCGCAUUAAUGAAUUCGUUGUUCCAUUUGUAAUCAUGUAUGCAACAAAUAAUGGCUGAUAUGUAUGAGUUGGCUGC